ACGGCACGACAGCGAGCCCGGUGGUCGCAGGUCCGACCUUCGUGGCGGGAGCGCGCGCGCGGCAGCCCAGAUGCGUCGGGAGGACGCGGCGCGUGUCCUGUGAGCUCCGGUUUUGCAGACGAGGAGUCUCGUGUCUCCCGUGCCCGUCGGCCGGCGGUGCGGUUGGGGUCCUUCCCGGCUCACCUGUCGCGGGAGCUGUCCUGUCCUUGUUUUCCUUGAGAAGUGGUGUUCCCCUUGGAAGGCGUGGGCCCCGGCAAGUGCCCGAGCAGCUGCGGGCCUGGACGGUACCCCACGCGUCAGGAACGGCGAGGCCCGUCCGGUGCAGCUGCCGAGAAGCUCCUUGCGUCCCUUUGUCCAGUCGGAUGUGAAUGGACAGGAGACCCAGCGUUGGUCUGGCAGAGACCCCGGUGACGCUGUGGUGGCUUUGGCGGCAUGAAGACGGAUCACGUGGGUCAGGGAUCAGCGGUGACGGUUCUCAGUGUGGAGGGAGCGAUGCAAAGUCAGUAAACAUUCAGCCCGCGAGGGCGCUGCUGCCUUGAGAAUCGUUAAAACCUGCGUUUGUCCGGCGCCGGUCUUGGGUUUGAAUUCCAGGCCAACUGACGCGGGACUGACUGUCGGGGAAGCAACUGCUUGGUUCCCGGUUUGCCUGAUUGUGUUGUGGCGCCACAAUGAGGUCGCGACGGACAGGGGGUGCCUGUGAAAAGGGUGUAGCUAUUUUUACCCAGAACGAAGCAGAACAAAAAAAACCAGCCUCGGCAUAUGGAGUAAAUUUUCGCAGUGAGGCAAAUUUGAAGAGAAGCGAUAGUGCGGAGCACAGAGCAGAUCUGCCCGACGUGCAGCGCUGCCGCGGCGCCCGGCGAUGGGCGGGGCCGUGAGUGCCGGCGAGGACAACGACGAGCUGAUAGACAACCUGAAGGAGGCGCAGUGCAUCCGGACGCAGCUGGUGGAGCAGGCCUUCCGGGCCGUCGACCGCGCAGAUUACUACCUCGAGGAGUUCAAGGGAAACGCGUACAAAGACCUGGCGUGGAAGCAUGGCAACCUGCACCUGUCGGCCCCCUGCAUCUACUCGGAGGUGAUGGAAGCCCUGGACCUGCAGCCCGGGCUCUCAUUCCUGAACCUGGGCAGCGGCACCGGCUACCUCAGCUCCAUGGUGGGGCUCAUUCUAGGCCCUUUCGGGGUGAACCAUGGCGUGGAGCUCCACCCCGACGUGAUCGAGUACGCGAAGCAGAAGCUAGACUUCUUCAUCAGGACCAGCGACAGCUUCGACAAGUUCGACUUCUGUGAACCCUGCUUCGUGAGCGGCAACUGCCUGGAGAUCGCGCCGGGCCGCUGCCAGUACGACCGGGUGUACUGCGGCGCGGGCGUGCAGAGGGAGCACGAGGCCUACAUGAAGAGCCUCCUCAAGGUGGGCGGCAUCCUGGUCAUGCCGCUGGAGGAGAAGCUGACGAAGAUAACACGCACCGGCCCCGCCGCCUGGGAGACCAAGAGGAUCCUGGCCGUGUCCUUCGCUCCGCUGGUCCAGCCGCCCCGCUCGGAGCCGGGGGGCUCGAGGCUCGUGCAGUUGCCCCCCCUGGCCGUCCGCAGCCUCCAGGACCUCGCGCGCAUCGCCGUCCGGGCCGCGGUGAAGAGAACCAUGCGCCAGGAAGCAGCGAGCGGACCGGGGAGGGGGCUGAGGACCACGCCCAGGUGCAAGCGGAGGAGAGUUCGGCGCCGUCGCAUGGAAACCAUCGUCUUCCUGGACAAAGAGGUCUUUGCCAGCCGGAUCUCCAGCCCGGCCGAGGACCCCGGCGGGGACGGCCUGGACGAGGAGCAGCGCGAGGAGGAGGAGCAGCGCCUGGCGGAGGCGAAGCCCGAGCCCCCGGUGAACCUCCUGAGGGAGAAGGUCCUGAGCCUGCCCCUGCCGGACCCCCUGAAGCACUACCUGCUGUACUACAGGGACAAGUGAGGGCGGCGCGGGCUGCCGGAGCAGGGCGCGCCCUGUCUGCACGGCUCGGCUUCCUGUGCGACCUUAGUUUCCGUCUAGAAUUUUCAUUAAAUGGUAGGAUUUCUUAAAUUGUAAUCUGACAGAUGUAAGUAUGUGGGAGAAUGUGUCCUUGAAAGGGAUGGAGUCUCUCAGGGGAAGGUGUUUCCUUCCAGCUCCUGCGAAGCACGGGGACAGGCGUGACCAUGCCUCGCGCGGCGCGCAUCCGGGCCCCCGGGGCCCGCGAAGGGGGUGCUGCCCUGGGCUGUGUGUGAGACGCGAAGGGGGCCCAGGGUUACACGUGUGCGGAGGCCUCUCCGGGUGGGACGCGCCGGCGUUUCAGCGACUCAAUGCCUGGCCCCGAGGCCCACGAGCCCCGCCUUUUGGGAGCGGGAACGCGAUCGGGGACCCUCUUUCUUUGUAAGUAAAGGGUGGAACCCUUAGGGGAGUUGUCAGCUGUAUUUUUUUUCAAAUAGUCUUAGGGAAGAAGGAAUAAGAGUAUCACACCACCAGAUGUGGUUUAGGAGCCCCCGGAAGACCCCCAGGGAACCCUUUCCCUGCCCUUUUAUUACCUUUAGAAGAACCGCUGUCCCGUAAAACCCAGGCGAGGACGUCCUGAGGGAGCAUCCCAGCGCAGGCCCGGAGCCGCCUGGCGUCCGCCCGGUGGCGGGCAGGGCUGAGGGGGGAGCGUGUCCGCAGAGCCCGCGGGGGGCGCUCCCUCUGUGGGUGGAUCGAGACUCUGACAGACGACCUCGGCUUUUUCUUUUUUUGAACUUCAGUUGGCUCUUUUUCUCUACUGACUAAUUAGAAUACUGUUCCAUAGAUUUUAUCUUUUAUAAUUCUGGAAAAAAUACUUGUUUUGUAAUUCUUCUUGAGAAUAAAUAUGCGUGUUUGACUGGCUCCCCUGCGGCGGAGCAGCUGCGCUCGCGGCGACUCUGUGAGGCUGGUCCCCAGGCCUCGUGCGUCCACAGCUUCGUGUCUGAUCGAGGUCGGGUCCCGGGCAGAAGGGGGUCCUGUCAGUCUCGUUAUGUCGUGUCAUCUGAAACGUUGGUUCUUUUUCAAGCUUUUUUAUCCAAAGAAGGGAACAGUAUGAGCGUUAACAGUCAGCCCACACUCAGAGAGCUGCUACGGGGCUCACCGCCCGGAAUCGGUGGCGAGUGUCGCCCCUCGGCCCCUUGGCUGCGGCUGAGGGCCAGUGUCUGUGGUUUCAACAGCGUCACCCAGCUCUGGUUACUUUUUACCUGUUUGCGUUUUUAAGGGACUGAACCACCUUUGUCACAGGAUGCCGUGUGCACGCGUAGCUUGGGAAACGUGUGUGUGGUCCCCGGUUGGUAAAUGGAAGCUGUUGUGAAGGAGGCUGUGUCCUCACUGUGCUCCCUGGCCCGCGGCCCGGAGUCGGGCGGGAUGUGUUUACUGGCGGAUGCGCCGUAGCUUGACGUUAUUCUAAUCGCUCUGUAGAGGCCUCGAUAUACAAGGACAUGUUUGGACAUAAUAUUAAAUACAUGGUACCUGUGAAAUCUGUAAUGUUACCUGCCUAAAUUUGUUUCCUAUGAUCGUAUAUGGAUUUCAUUUAUUUUAAACCAUGUUUGCCUGGUAGAAAGGCAAUACGUAAGACAUGAUUUUCCCUGUAUGUGUUAAACUGUUUCUAACAUCUUGUAAUUACAUGUCAGUUAUUUUUUGACCGGAAUUUGGUUAAAAACUACGAAGAUAUAAUAUAUAUGCAAUAGUUUGGUGUUUACCUUAGAAACAUGAGGAGAAUUGUGAGUGGGUCUUCCCGUGCACCUGAGUCACCAGGCUCCGUGAGGGUCCGGCUUGUGUCCAGGCGGACGGAUCCUACGUGGCCUGUGCCGUCAGCGAGCUCCGGUGUGUGAACCACGUUCUAGACAACGGUGGACCAUUAUGUUCCGAAUAGUCUGUAUUUUUAUAUGUGACUUCUGUCUCAAAAGUAGUAAAGCCAUAGAAAUGUACAAAACAAAUGUAAAAUUUAUAAACAUUAAGUAUGUAAUGUAAAAAUUAACUGUGUAUGUAAAAAUGUUGUUGCCAGUCUAGGAUUUUCAGGGGUCAAUGUGAGACAUUUGAAGCAGAUUUCCGUGAGCUGAUGUUACACGUGAAUACAUACGAGAGAUCAAUAAAGGCAGUUGAGACAUGUUAACCAUCUUAGCCUCUG